AAUAAAAUUUUUAUAUUUCUUUUGCUGAAACGCUACCGUCGAGGAGCUCUCUCUCUGUCUGUCUGUCUCUGUUGGCGUCGCCCCAACCUGAACUCUGGUGACGCCGUCAAUAGAUCAUUGUUUGUUUCUCUCUUUUCUCUGUCUCCGAUUUACUGACUCACUACAAACAACCACUACAAUGGCGAUUCCACCUCUCACCCCACUUACAGAUUGAACCUGUUUCCAGUAAAAUUAAGAUAUUACCUUGCAUGCCAAUAUUGUUAUGCCUGACGAUGUGGAUCCUUUUCGUAAUUUUGUUGAGUCUACUAGGAGAUGUUGUUCUUUUCUGAGUGGAUUGCUUUGCAGCUUAGUUUCUCGACAUUGUACUGAUCUGGUUGGCUCACCAUUUGGUGCUUCUUAUAAGUUGGCUGGAGAAGGGGAUCAUCAUUCAACUGUUAUGGCCGCAAGAGAAACGAUUGAUCUUACUUCAUCUGAUAGUGAUUCAUCUUGGGAUCUAGAUGAAUAUAGAGAAUAUGAAUCACUUCUGAGGGAAACUGCUGAUUCUGCCAAUCACGAGAUCAUUUCAUCAAGGGAUUCUGCAGUUGGUGCAACUUCAAGGGGUCGUGUUGGACCAUCUCAAGAGGUUCCCUUUCCUAUGAAAGCAAUUACUUCUAAUGGAAGUUCUUCAAAUGUUGACCAUCAUACAGAGGCUAACCUUCGGUUGCAUCCUAGUUCUAGUGAAUAUGUUAGAGCCUCUAAUUGGCAUACGAUGCAGGCUGACAAUUCUAACUAUUCUAAAGAGAACGAUUACAAAAAACUUUCUUCCCAACAAGCUCUGAAGAGGACCCUUCCAAAUUCCAUCCAGGCAUCUGCACAAAGUUCCAGAUCAAGCAAUUUGGUAGAGAAUGUUAGCAGCAGUCAGAUUCGUGAUGCUCGUGGAAAAUCUCAUCAUUAUGCAUGGCCAAAUCUAGCCAAAAAGAACCAUAUGGAAGACCAUUUUGGCAGGAGCAUUGAUGAUGAAGUUAUUGUGUAUGAGAACAACGGAAAUAGGAUACUACCUCCAUCCCUGAUGCAUGGCAAGUCUGUUUCAACUUCACAGUAUAUCAGUUCAAGUGAUCCUACACCCCGUCCUGGUUUGGUUGAAGAAAGGGCUGUUGGAAGUGAUGAGAGACUAAUUUAUCAAGCGGCACUACAGGAUCUUAACCAACCUAAAGUUGAAGCAACAUUACCUGAUGGUCUUUUGUCUGUCUCUCUUCUACGACAUCAGAAAAUUGCUUUGGCUUGGAUGCUUCAGAAGGAAACAAGAAGUUUACAUUGUUUGGGUGGAAUUCUGGCUGAUGAUCAGGGCCUUGGUAAGACUAUCUCAGUGAUUGCCCUUGUACAGAUGCAGAGAUUCUUACAAUCAAAAUCUAAACCAGAAGGUCAAUCCGAUCAUAAACCUGAAGCCUUGAAUUUGGAUGAUGAUGAUGAGAAUGGCAGUGCCACUCUGGAAAAAGGCAAGCAGACUGGAGAAUCUGAUGAUGUUAAGUUGAUUCCAGAAGCGACUACUUCUAUUUCGGAGUUGAGUAGGCGGAGGCCUGCAGCUGGGACAUUGGUUGUGUGUCCGGCAAGUGUUCUUCGACAGUGGGCCAGGGAGCUGGAUGACAAAGUUGCAGAUGAAGCAAAACUUUCUGUUUUAAUCUAUCAUGGAAGCAAUAGGACGAAGGAUCCUCUUCAAUUAGCAAAGUAUGAUGUGGUUCUUACGACAUAUGCUAUUGUGACUAAUGAAGUUCCUAAACAGCCUUUGGUUGAUGAAGAUGAUGAGGACCAAAAAAAUGGGGAGAAAUAUGGAUUAUCUUCUGAAUUUUCUGCUAAUAAAAAACGGAAAAAGACAUUUAAUGUUGGUAAGAGAGGAAAGAAGGGGAGAAAUGGAAUUGAUAGUUCUGUUAUUGAUAGUGAUUGUGGUGCACUUGCAAGAGUUGGUUGGUUUAGGGUGGUAUUAGAUGAAGCUCAAACAAUCAAAAAUCACAGAACACAAGUGGCUAGAGCCUGCUGUGGCCUUAGAGCUAAAAGAAGGUGGUGCUUAUCUGGUACACCCAUACAAAAUGCAAUUGAUGAAUUGUACAGCUACUUUAGAUUCCUGAAAUAUGAUCCAUAUGCUGUUUAUAAGUCAUUUUGCAAUACAAUAAAGUAUCCGAUAUCUAGAAACUCAAUUCAUGGUUACAAGAAGCUUCAAGCUGUUCUAAGGGCUAUAAUGUUACGCCGAACAAAAGGCACAUUGAUUGAUGGGGAGCCUAUAAUUAGAUUACCACCAAAGACAAUACAUUUGACUAAGGUGGAUUUCUCUCCAGAAGAGCGGGCUUUCUAUGCAAAACUGGAAGCUGAUUCACGCUCACAAUUCAAGGCAUAUGCUGCUGCUGGCACCGUGAAUCAAAAUUAUGCAAAUAUUCUAUUGAUGCUUUUGCGCCUUCGCCAGGCUUGUGACCACCCACUACUUGUCAAAGGUUUCAGUUCUGAGCCUGUUAGAAGUGACUCGUUGGAUUUGGCAAAGAGAAUUCCUAGGGAGAAGCUGAUCAAUUUAUUGAAUCUCUUGGAAACUUCCUUGGCCAUUUGUCGUUAUUGCAGUGAUCCGCCUGAAGAUGCAGUUGUUACUAUGUGUGGACAUGUCUUUUGCUAUCAAUGUGUAUCAGAAUAUAUGACUGGAGAUGAUAAUAUGUGUCCUGCUCCUGAUUGCAAGAAACAAGUUGGUGUUGAUGUUGUAUUUUCCAAAGCUAUCUUAAGGAGGUGUAUCUCUGAGGAUCCUGAUAAUAAUUUGUCAUCUUCGUCUGAGUUUCCGGGGAAAUCUAUAAUUCUGAAGAAUGAAUAUAGUUCUUCUAAAAUCAGAGCUACUCUUGAGAUUCUUCAGAAACAUUGUAAAUCAAAGAGUCCGACUUCAGAAUCACAUAAUUUGGUGCGAUGCAAUGGAGAUUCGUCAUAUUCAGGAAAGGCAUUCUCAGACAGUUCUCAUUCAGGAGUUGGGGCUGCAACAGUAGUAGACCUGGACACUGAACCUGAAGGACCGAUAAAAGCCAUUGUCUUCUCUCAGUGGACUAGCAUGUUGGACUUGGUUCAAAUUGCAUUGAACCAGUCUUGUUUGCGAUAUAGAAGGCUUGAUGGGACAAUGACUCUGAGUGCAAGAGACAGGGCUGUGAAAGAAUUUAACACUGAUCCCGAGGUUACUGUUAUGCUGAUGUCACUAAAAGCAGGAAACCUUGGUCUAAACAUGGUUGCUGCUUGUCAUGUAAUCCUCCUUGAUCUUUGGUGGAAUCCGGCUACUGAAGAUCAGGCCAUUGACCGAGCUCAUAGAAUUGGACAGACUCGUCCUGUUACUGUAUCACGGAUCACUAUUAAAGAUACAGUUGAAGAUCGAAUUUUAGCUCUCCAGGAAGAAAAGAGGAAAAUGGUGGCGUCUGCUUUUGGUGAAGAUCAAAGUGGGGGCUCUGGAACUCGCUUAACUGUGGAAGAUCUCAAAUACCUUUUUAUGGUGUAAAAUGCAGUCCUCCAAUCAUUGGCAUUCGGGCUUAAACCUAGGGCUUAACUCAGCUCGUUUUGUCUGGAGAAGAAUGGCCAAACAGGAGUUGGAAGCAAAUCGUCAAAGGUUGGUUUGAAUGCGAUAGUUCUACCUUAGAAUGUACCCAUGGGUGUAGGUGUAUUUCCUCUGGUAAUGAGUUUUGUGGGCCAUGAUAGGGCAUUUUUGUUCCCAUGAGGUGCGGAGAUUGUAAGCCAUGAUUGACUGUAAAUAAUCUGUUUUAAGUAUUUUUAUUGUAUACCAUCUGCGAAUUUGAAACACCUUCUCCUUUAUCUA